AGGCUUCACUGCCUUGUGUCCUUGAUGGAUCAUUAACCUGAGGGAACUAAUCUUUAUUGUCUGCUGAAUGCAUUAGAGCUGACCAGACUUCUUCUAGUUGCAUGAGAGGUGCUGGAACUAUCAAUGAACUACUGAAGACUGAAGCAACAAAGUUGAAGGCACGGUAGGACUAAGGGCUUUAAUUCUUGGAAAAAGUCUUUAAUUGGUUCAAGGAAGCCCAUACUCCUUCGUAGAUUAACAAUGGUUGGAACCGGGGGCCCUGUGGCCACUUUUUCUGUUUGGGAUUAUGUGGUGUUUGCUGCAAUAAUUGUGGGAGCAGCCGCCAUCGGCCUUUUCCAGGCCAUCCGGGGUCGGAAGGAGACCAGCAGUGCAGAGUUUUUGUUAGGUGGACGACAAAUGACAGCUGUACCAGUUGCCAUGUCUCUCACAGCCAGCUUCAUGUCUGGCAUCACAGUCAUUGGCACACCUGGAGAAGCGUACGGCUAUGGCACUGCCUUCUGGCUCUUUGGUUUCUCUUACGCCAUCAUGUCUGUCAUCACUGCUGAAUUAUUUGUACCCCUUUUCUAUCGACUGGAGAUCACCAGCGCUUAUGAGUACCUGGAGCUGCGCUUUAACCGGGUGAUUCGGCUCAUUGGAACAUCAAUGUACAUUGUGCAAACGGCCCUCUACACAGGUUUGGUCAUUUAUGCUCCAGCUCUUGCACUAAAUCAAAUCACAGGGCUGGAUCUCUGGGGAGUGCUGGUGGCAACAGGGGCAGUAUGCAUCGUCUAUUGUACAUUGGGUGGCCUGAAAGCAGUUAUCUGGACAGAUGUGCUGCAGAUGGUGAUCAUGCUGGCAGGAUUUGUAGCUGUUAUAGCAAGAGGAGCUGUACUACAAGGCGGCCUGACAAGAAUCUGGAAAGAUGCUGGCGAAGGAGGCCGACUGAAGGCCUUUGACUUUGAUCCAGAUCCUCUCAAGCGCCAUACUUUCUGGUCCAUAGUGAUUGGUGGCAGCAUAAUGUGGGUUUCUAUCUACUCAAUCAACCAGUCCCAGGUGCAGCGCUACAUCUCUUGCAAAACCUUGGGACACGCCAAGAUGGCUCUGUAUGUUAACAUGGUUGGUUUGUUGACAACAGUGAGUCUUGCUGUGUUCUCUGGUCUCACUAUGUACUCCAUUUACAAAAACUGUGACCCACUUACAAAUGGGGACGUAAAAACUUCUGACCAGCUGCUGCCAUACCUUGUGAUGGAUAUCCUGGGAGCCUAUCCUGGAAUUCCUGGCCUGUUUGUGGCUGCAGCUUACAGUGGGACCCUAAGCACUGUGUCCUCAAGCAUUAAUGCUCUCGUUGCUGUCACUGUGGAAGACUUCAUUUUUCCAGUUAAGAAAGAUCUAACACAGAAACAAGUGAGCUGGAUGAACAUGGGCCUGAGUGUGUUCUUUGGAGGUGUGUGUAUUGGAAUGGCUGGAGUUGCUUCAGCAAUGGGAAGUGUUCUGCAGGCAGCUCUGUCCAUAUUUGGUAUGAUCAGUGGACCUCUUCUUGGCCUAUAUUUUUUAGGCAUUCUUUUCCGCACAACAAAUCCAACAGGAGGACUGGUUGGACUGAUCGUUGGGCUGGCGUUGACCCUAUGGGUGGGGAUUGGAGCUCAGCUUUACCCACCAACACCUGACAAGACACUUCCCCUUCCUGUCACCACUGUAGGCUGCAACAACACAAUGGACCUAAACAACACGACAGCAACUCCAUGGACCAGUUCAGCCAUCCCGACAACACAACCAGAUUUAAGGCCUCCAUUAGCAGACACCUGGUACUCUCUGUCCUACGUCUACUUUUCUCUUUUUGGCGUGUUGAUCACGGUGGGGACGGGCCUUCUCGUGAGCAUAAUCACAGGUGGAUGCAAACAAGAGAAGAUGAACUCUGACCUCUUCGUAAGAAGAGCUGACUUGAUAUGCUUCCGUGGCUGCAGUAAAUCAAAGGAAUCUAGAGAGAUGGAAAAGGCUCCAACAGACCUUCACAUGGGAGUUGACAACAAAGCAUUUACAGAAACGGAUAUGACAAUCAAAGAAUCUGAAAUUUCUACAAAACUAUAAGGCUGUUGAUAUUUGUACUCAUUAAACACAUCUAAAAUAUUUAACGGGCAUUUUUUUAAAAGAGAAAUUAUUUUCUCUGAUAAUGCAAAUAUUAAGAAUUUGAUCAUUUAUAUUUAAACUGCUUAAAAGAAACCAAAUAUUUUACAUAAAUAGAUCAAAGUCAAAAACAGUUUCUUAUUUUUAUGUACUUUUUUAAGUAAAAACAAGGCAUCUUUACAGCACCAGGUUACCAUCUCUGAGCGUCCAUUGAUUAUACCUCCAUUUCAUAUUUUAGCUGUGCUUUUGCAGUAUUG